AUGAAUUUUAAUGUCUGGAAUAUCAAAGAGAUGCUCAGUAUUCCCUCAGGCUCUGGGACCACUAAGUCAUCUAGCUGGAAUAAUAAUCAGACUGAUUACUCCAGUCUCAGUGAUUCCCAGUUCCUCUUUGGAUCCCAGUUCUGUCCAGAAAGUUCAGAGACUCUGUCAGCACCCUUGGACAGUGUCCACUUGAGACAACCAAAACAGUCACAACAGAAUUCUCUGGACAGUGAACCUAGUAUUUUCACAAAGUACCAGACAAAACCCCAGCUGUUUGGAGGAGAUACAAACGACAGAGGCUUAUUUCCUCUUCCUUUGUCAGUUGGAAAAUCAAAGGGCCUCUUGGAACAGUUUGAAGAGAAAAAGAAAAGGGCAAAAGACAAAUGUGACAGUGAGACUCUAUACGACUUCAUUUCCCAUAUCAGAGAAAGCAUUCACAGGUUGCAGACAACAGUGGAAAAGUCUGAGGAACAUCUCAGCUCAAGAAGCCAAUCUAUCUUGGAUUGUUUGGAGACUGUGGCCAAGACAUUACAAGAGACUGUGCGGGCCCAGAGUGAUCUGGUGUUGGAAACAGUGCAUGACAAAGGCAACAUGGAGCAGGUCAUCUUUGAGAUACAGAAGAGAUUUGAAGCUAGGCAAGCAGAAUUUAUAGAAAUGAAAUCCGAACUGAAGCAACUUGAAGUUUUAGUUGCCCAGCAGAGUAAGGACUUCCAGCAGCUGUGUGAGCAGCUAGGCCAGCUGAAUGUGACCAGUGUCCUGGCAGAGCUGAAGAGAUUGAUUUCAGGCCCUUGGGGCCCAGGGCACGUGAAAGACAGCACUUCCCAGACCUCACCACCUCUGGUCCAGAGCCUCCAUUUCACCAGGCAGGACAGAUAUGCUUCUGAGGAACCAGUUCUCUGGCAGGCUCAGGCACCCCCUGCUGUAUGGAAUCCGAGUAUGGGUUCCCUGCAGCCUGGAGAGUUUGGUGUCUGUGGUGAGGGAGCAAAAAGUAAUGCUCUCCAAGAAGAGGCUGCGCUGAUGGCAGCUGGAACCAGCAAAAGAAACAGGCGAGUCAAGGACAGGGCAGUGCAGACCAACUGCAAGAACUGGACCCUUCCUAAAACCUGCUCAGAGAACCAUGGCUCCGGCUUCCCAGGCCCCAAAGUUCCUGGUGAUAGGGACUGGGUUUCCCAAGGAGCCUCAAGGCUUCUACCCCUGGACUUAAACAACUUUGCAAACAGCAUUAAGAACACCUGCCAAAAAUGUCAAACCGAAGGUGUGUCUCCGUGUGACCCUUGUGAACAAAGGUGGGUGGCUGCACAGAAAGGCAGAACCAUGGAAAGGCGGGGGACAGGCAAGAAGCAGCAGCCCAGGAAGUCCCACAGGGGCAGGCUCCUAGCCAGGAAGCAAGAACACGUCCCUAGCAAAGCCUGUGCUUUCAUCUCUAAAUAUCCUCAGCCUCCAGUUUCUGGCCCACAAAGGCCCCCCCUGGAGCAGCAGAAGCCCCUUGCUCAGCCCCUGCAUCUGAGGGGCCCCAGCAGCCCCACAAAGCCAGUCAGCCCUGUUCUGGGAGGAAUAGUCAGGCGCAGUAAAGUGAUGAGGGCAGCACAAGGGAACACCUUACAACUCGGCGGGCAUUCUUCCCAAGACGACAGCCUGCUUUCCACCAGUUCCCAGGGGGACCACCAGAUGAGCUGGUUCAGCGACCUCAGCCUGGGAAGUUCAGAACCCCCUCUGUGCAGGGAGCCAGGGAAGAAUGUGCUCUAUGACCUGGGUUUUGAUAGCAGUGAUGAUGGCUUCUGA